CGAUAUGCCGUCCAACGUCCGUAGAAACAGCGGAGUCACUUUCUUUGUGUGAGAAAGUUUGUGUUGUGAUCCGUCAGAGCCUCUGUGUGUCCGGAUAAACCUGUCUGAAUGGACUUUGUGCUGUUCACCUUUUCUUUCUGGAUGUUUUACCUCUGACUCAUCUCCCGGUAGACUACAAACACAUUCAAGUUAGCUUAGCAUGCUAGCUGGUUAGCACCGCGACGAUAGUCAGAGUGACUGUUUGAUGGAGAGCAAACUGUGUUUCUGACGGAGUUUGUGUGCAGAAAAAGUUGGUGUCACUGUGUGAAAAAUGUCUAAAGUCCAAACGGUGAGAGCGCUGGUGGAGCAGCGACUGACUGCGGCUGCUGAAGAGAUAUUUGGGCUGUUUGAAAGAACGAUAGCAGAGUACGAGGAGCAACUUUGUCGUUCAAAAGAGAAGAACGAGCGACAACAGAAACUACUGGACGCUGUUUUCAACCCUCAUCUUCACUUACACAGAGCAGACGUCCAGCAGCAGUCGGUGAGUGAAGAAGAGUUUCCCUCUGAGACGCAGGAGAGGAGCUGCAGUCUGGACCAGGACCAGGACCAGAAGGACACAGAACCCCCACACAUUAAAGAGGAACAGGAGGAACCUCGGACCAGUCAGGAGGGAGAGCAGCUUCAGGGGCUGGAGGAGGCUGAUAUCACCAAGUUCACAUUCACUCCUGUCCCUGUGAAGAGUGAAGAAGAUGAAGAGAAACCUCAGUCCUCACAGCUUCAUCAAACACAAACUGAACAAUUGAAAACAGAAGCUGAUGGAGAGGACUGUGGAGGACCAGAACCAGACAGGAACUCUGAUCCAGACCCACAUUUACAAGCAAAUACUGGUGACGAGCCUGCAGACUCUUCUGAACCUGAGACUGUUAACAGUGCUGAUUGCAAGGAGACCAGAGAACCUCAGUCAGGUUUGAACUGUUUGAAAAAAGAUGGUGGUCCUGUCAGAGAUUCCAGAUUUAGUGCUGGUGAGAAACAAUUUAGCUGCUCUGAGUGUGGGAAAAGAUUUGGCUACAAGUGCGAUCUGAAGACACACAUGAGACUCCACACAGGAGAGAGACCUUUCAGCUGCUCAGUUUGUGAGAAAACUUUUAGACGGAGUUCAACUUUAAAUGUACACAUGAGAGUCCACACAGGAGAGAAACUUUUCAGCUGCUCAGUGUGUGCUAAAUCUUUUGCACAACGUGUGCAUUUAAAGAAACACAUGAGAGUCCACACUUGAGAGAAAUCUUUCAUAAAUGUGCUGGCCACUCAUCCUCAAAGUUUCAUCAAACUAACGAGAACAAAGAGGCAGAGCCUCCAGCCAGCAGCCCACAUGAAGAGCUGCAAACCUCUUUUUCAAUCUUUUUAAAGGACUCGAGAAAGAUUUUCAAGUCUUUUUUAAAUGCUACAAAGCUUGUAGUAACUUUUAUAAAAUUGUAUUCUGUGUUCAUGAAAUUGACCUACAAUCACAAUUUAAGUAAUCAAUAUCUUAUUUUCCAUGAUGUGAUAUGAUAAUCAUUUCCUUUCUGUUUAUUUUUAUUUUGUUUUUCAAAACUUAAGUUCACAAACUGAUAUUUUAAUUCAAUAUUUGAUUGUAGAAGUGUAACAUUUACAACUUUUUUAAACAGAAAAA